AUGGAGCGGCUAACAUCUCCUCCUCGUUUGAUGAUAGUCUCGGAUCUUGAUCAUACUAUGGUUGAUCAUCAUGAUCCUGAGAAUCUCUCUCUUUUGAGGUUCAAUUCAUUGUGGGAACACGCUUAUCGCCAUGACUCUCUUCUUGUUUUCUCUACUGGAAGAUCACCAACUUUGUACAAAGAAUUGAGAAAAGAGAAACCUUUGUUGACCCCUGAUAUUACCAUUAUGUCUGUAGGAACCGAGAUUACGUAUGGUAACUCUAUGGUUCCUGAUCAUGGUUGGGUUGAAACUUUGAACAAUAAAUGGGAUUUGGGUAUUGUCAAAGAAGAAACAAGCAAGUUCCCUGAGUUAAAGCUUCAGGCGGAAACUGAGCAGAGGCCGCAUAAGGUUAGCUUUUAUGUCGACAAGAGUAAGGCUCAUACAGUGACAAAGGAGUUAUCACAGCGGUUGGAGAAACGCGGUUUGGAUGUCAAGCUCAUUUACAGUGGAGGCAUGGAUUUGGAUAUUUUACCACAAGGUGCCGGAAAGGGACAAGCGCUUGCAUUUCUGCUCAAGAAGCUAAAGACUGAAGGGAAACUACCUGUUAAUACUCUUGCUUGUGGUGACUCUGGGAACGAUGCUGAACUGUUUAGUAUUCCCGAUGUUUAUGGCGUCAUGGUAAGCAAUGCUCAAGAAGAGCUGUUGAAGUGGCACGCUGAAAAUGCGAAAGACAACCCAAAGGUAAUCCAUGCAAAGGAGAGGUGUGCGGGUGGGAUUAUACAAGCCAUCGGUGAGUUCAAGCUUGGUCCAAACCUUUCUCCAAGAGAUGUCUCUGACUUCUUAGAGUGCAAGGCGGAGAAUGUGAACCCGGGUCACGAGGUUGUGAAGUUUUUCUUGUUCUACGAGAGAUGGAGACGGGGUGAGGUUGAGAACUGCGAGGCAUACACAGCGAGCCUCAAAGCUUCAUGUCACCCAAGUGGUGUGUUUGUCCAUCCAUCUGGUGCUGAAAAGACUCUGAGAGAUACCAUUGAUGAGCUGCGCAAGUACCAUGGAGAUAAACAAGGGAAGAAGUUUCGGGUUUGGGUAGAUCAAGUCCUUGCAACAGAAACAACUCCUGGGACAUGGAUAGUAAAGCUUGAUAAAUGGGAACAGAGUGGAGAUGAACGGAGAGGCUGCACAACGACUGUGAAAUUCACCUCAAAGGAAGGGGAAGGGUUGGUGUGGGAACAUGUACAGCAAACAUGGUCCGAGGAAUCGAAGGUGAAGAAUGAUAGCAGCUGGAUCAUCUAA